ACCCAUUCUCUAAUAAGACCUGCUAAUCAACUUCCGGCCUCGAUACGAUGGACAUCGAUGACGCCAUCCGCAAUCUUCCGAUCUACAAAGCGGCAAUGAGCGACAACUGGGACAUGGUGGAGCACAUCUUUGAUAUUCGACCCGAUAAACUGGAUGCAAAAAUCACCUGCUGGUGGGAAACACCACUACACAUCGCCAUUGGAACCAACUCGUCCCACGUGUUUGUGAAUAAAAUCAUAGAGCGGAUCGCGGAUACAGAUGUUCGGAAACUAAGAACCACGAGUUGGUCGGGAAACACCGCCCUUCACUAUGCCGCCAAGGUCGGAAAUACCACAGAUGCUAAGCUAUUGGUGGCAAAGGAUCCAGACAUUGCCCAGAUCGUUAAUAAAGAUGGACACACUGCCCUGAAACUGGCGGCCAAGUAUGGUCGGUUGGAGACAUUAUGGUACUUGUUGGAGGUUACUAAAGAUGAACCGGGAGAGGAUGGGACUAGUCCAUACACUGGUGUUUCUGGUGCUGAUCUCAUUACACUCACCCUAACUGCCGGUUUUUGCGAUGUAGCACUUUAUCUAGUUAAAAAGUACCCGGAUUUGGUUACCCACAAAGAUAGAGAAGGCCAGACUGCCUUGCAAGUUUUGGCUACAAAACCAAACGUUUUUCCUAGCGGCAGCCAGCUGUGGUUCUACCAGCAUCUCAUCUACACCUGUAUUCCUGUGAAUCUUGAAAAAGCAUCAGGCCACCGUUGGGCAUCGUUCGUCUCAAAGUUUAUCCUGCUCAUAGCCCCGUGUGUUAAAGAUAUCUAUAAUAUGAAACUAAAGCAUGUUCAGACACUCAAACUUGUAGAACGAAUGUGUUCGGUCAUUAUAGAAAAAGGAAGCCAUGCUAUAGCGUGGGAUGUGCUAGGAACUGCAGUUUCUACAGCUGUAAAAACCGGGAUCUUUGAACUUAUAAAAGUUUGUGUCGAGACAUACCCGGACAUAGUAUGGUAUGAAGAUGAAGGGUUCUAUUUGUUCCUUUCAGCCAUAAGAUAUCGUCAAGAAAAAGUGUUCAAUCUCGUGUAUCAAAUGACAGGGCAUAAAGUAUUUGCGGCCACUGCUAAUCUUAACGGAGAUAACCCGUUGCAUUUAGCUGCGAGGUUGUCACCUCUGCCACGCCUUAAGACCGUCAGCGGGGCCGCUUUGCAAAUGCAACGCGAGCUUCAGUGGUUCAAGGAAGUGGAAAAGCAUGUGGAACCGUUAUAUAAAGACACUUUAAACAAAGAUCACAAGACACCAAGAGCGGUAUUUACAGAAGAACACAAGGGUUUACUUGAAGAAGGAGAAGCAUGGAUGAAAGACACGGCAUCAUCAUCUACGGUUGUCGGUGCACUCGUGGUCACUAUGGCUUUUGCAGCCGCUUUUACAGUGCCAGGUGGCAACAACAGUGACGGUCUACCAUUAUUCCAAAGUGAUAGAACAUUUCUCCUAUUCAUAGUAUCAGAUGCCAUUGCGUUAUUCGCUUCAACGAAUUCUGUUUUGAUGUUUUUAGCAAUACUAACAUCCCGGUAUGCAGAAGAGGAUUUUUUCUAUGCUUUACCUAAAAGAAUGAUGAUCGCGCUCGUAUCACUUUUUUUGUCACUCGCUGCCACAAUGAUUGCGUUUAGUGCAACACUUGCAAUACUACUUCAAGAUGAAAUAUCAUGGAUUGCGGCACCCGUUACAUUGUUUGCAUCAGUACCCGUGACAUUAUUUGCUAUGCUUCAGUUCCCAUUGCUUGUCGAGCUAGUUUAUUCUACAUACGGGCCAAGCAUUUUUAACAAAAGGAUGUAUGACUAAUACUCUAAUAGCAUGUUAAAUUCCUACGUUAAUGUAAAUAGAUUCAAAUUACUUUUUAUCCAAAUUA